AUGAAGUUUCUCGUCGCCUCUAUUAUAGGCACUCUGGUUGCCUUUUCGCACUCCUCCCCAGUGGACAACGGUGGCACUCGCGACGUUAGAUGCGCAGUUGAUAGCGAUUCAGGACUCUGUCGCAGCGUCGAGGAGUUCUAUCACGGCGAUGCAUCGACAUGGUCGGGGAGCGACAUGCAUCGCCGUAGGGUGGACACUGGGCCACCACGACCUGCACCGGAUAGGGAACUGCCAGAAGAGAAGGGCCCCAACAACCCCCCCGAAAAGCCCAAAGGGCCACCAUCCGAUAACGGUGAUGUUGGCAAGAGGAUCCUUCAAAAGGCACUGACUGCCAAGGGCAAGCCGUACGCCUGGGGAGGAGGCUCAUGCAAGGGCCCAACCGGCGACAUCGCACCCAAAAAUCACGGGGAAGUUGGGUUCGAUUGCUCGGGGCUGGUGUGCUGGGCCGUUUGUCAGGUCACAGGCCGCGACCUGUUUGCUGAGAACUUGCGUGUGACUUCAUCGAUGUACUGCGCUUCAGAGAAGAAACUAAAGUACAAGGACUCGGGAGAUAGGAUGUGGAAUGCUCCCAACGACCGCGUCAACAAGGUGCAGGAGAACAGGAUAACCAAGUUUGGCGCGAAGCCUUGCCCAUAUGUCAUUCGUUUCACGUUGUGA